GAUUUUUGCAUUGAUUUUUGGAUUUGAUUUGAUUUUUUUUUUUUUUUUCCUUAUCUUAUUUUCACACGAACAAACACCAACACCAACAAUAACAACGUCAGUCAUCACAAACGAACGACCGAAUGGCGCUUGACAAGAGCCGCAGCACGUCGACGCAGUCACUCGCGGCUGCCGGGAUGACGAGCGCGAUUGCCGGCAUUGGCGUGAGCAUUGGGCUGCAGCAGGCCAAUCCCAACAGUCAAGACAGCGGCAGCAACACCAGCCUCAACAGCGCGGCGCGGCAGCAGCAGCAGCAGCAGCAGCAGUCACUGGAGCGACGACCAGCACGGGUGGUCCUUCCUCAGCCACUACUGUUGCGCCGUUGGCUGCGAACGGACUGAGCGCCAGCAAUGGCUCGCUUGCAAGCCCCAGUUUGUCGUCGUUGUCCUCCUCCUCGUCGUCGUCGACGUCUGCCGCUCCGAGCAGCCACGCGCGCGGGCAGUUCUUCAGCGUGCUGGACGCGGGUGCACCAGACCGGUCUGGUCCGUUGUUCAAGUCGUCGUCGCUGUCGGGGAUUGGACCCGGCGCUGCAUCCAACUUGGCUGCGUCGUCUUCGCUCGCCGCGUCGCUGUCGUCGCUCGUGUCCAUCAGCUCGUCAGCCAGCUCGUCCACCUUCCUGUCGUCGACGAGCGGUGUGUCGUCUGCUUCCUCGUCGUCCGCGGUGCAGCACUACCACCACCAGCACAGCAGCAAGCCAGACGCCACGUUUAACAUGCCGCUGUCAUCCCCGCACACAACCACAGGCGUGUUGUUGCCACCCGCUCCGGCGCCAGUCAAGUCGCUCGACCACAAUGUGGAGAACACGCGGAUGGUGUCGAAUGUCUAUGCCGAGGAGCUCCGCCGCGCCGGAAUUGCCAUCGAAGAGCUGCUCAACAUGGACCAGCCGGGUGGCAUUGCCAUGAACGUCCUGCCCACACAAGAGGCCUUUAUGCGCAACGCGGCUCUGCGUGCAUCCGUCAAGUCCACCUCCAGCAAUGGAAGCAAUGGCAGCGGUGAUAGCAACGCGACAACGGCGACCGCGUCCUCGUUCCGUCCGCGCUUGGAGAGCAACAGCAGUAACAUGUCGUACGCAAUUGCCAUCAAUGCCAACAACAGCAGCAGCAGCAGCAGCAGCAAUACCAACAACAACGGCACGAAUGCCAGCAAUCCCAAGCGACUGGGGAGAAGCACCAGCUCCAACAUUACCAACAAUGGUGACUCUCAUGCUCCCAGCGUUUCAUUCGCCGGCUUGAAACGCUCCACAUCCCUCGACUCGACCAACGAGAGCCCCACCCACUCUUACAAUGGCAAUCACAACCACAUCCGAGCCUCCAUCCUAGAAAGCCUCGCCAACGACGUGCACAUUAACGAGGACUUUGAAUCGGCGUUUGACGAGGACAAUUCCGUGCACGACCCAAAGCUCACCCAGCUCUACUUUGACACCUUUUCCUACCCUUAUGCAUAUCUCUCCCCGGAGGAUCGGCGCAAGACGUCCUUCUUUAGCAGCAUUGAUGAUGUCGCCAACAUGCUUGACGACGAGGAUGCCGUGCCAGUGCUCGAUUCCCAUAACAACCACACCCCCAUUCGUGCCACGGUGGCGGUCGGCAGUGCUGCUCGCUCUAGCUCCAUGUCUCUGCCACGGCCGUCGAGCGAAGCCAUUGACGCCUUGCUCGCCGCAGUCCACGCGAUUCGCGUCAACCAGAUUGAGACACUUGAGCGGUUGCUGGACAGUCGCCUGGUCAACGUGAAUGCGACAUAUCGGCGACGAGUAGCGCGAAACAGCUCCAUUAGUGUGCAGAUGGGUGAUGAAGAGUCGCGCUCGGAGGCUGCCAAGCAAGCCGCUGCUGCUGCAAUCGCCGAAGCCGAGCGCCGUCGCAAACGAGGCACCACCCUCCUCAACCCCACUUCGAUGCCCGCUUCGCCGCUCGAGGCCAAUCCAGAACCCGUCAAGGCGCGGAGCAGCACAGUGAUUCCGUUCGGCGCUCAGCCGACCAUCUUCACCACCUCCACCGGCGGCUCUACGCCCGAUUCUGGCUCGCCUGCACGAACCCCGCGCACCAGCGCCGUGCUGAUGGGAGCCCCAGCCGGGCUAAACGCAUCUCGGACGUCGCUCAACUCCAUUGGCAGUACCAUUUCGGCCGAAUCAACGAGCACGCUGGAGGGUGCACGUAGCAAUCGGCACUCGUUCCACGACAGCCAGGCCGUCCUCUCUCACUCGAAUGCAGCUGCAGAGCUGGGCGCGACACCUCGUGGUGGUAGCAAGACCAGUGUCGUCCGAGGCCACAAGCGCAACAAAUCCACGUCAUCCAUCAUCUCCACGCCGGCUGGAAUGGGAUCGAGUUCGCUCACCUCGUCCAGAUCGCCGUCGCGCCAAGCCUCGCCAGCUCCCGAGCAGCAACAGCAACAGCAGCAGCACCAACACGUAUUCCAGCAGCGAUCACUAGCAGAGCAAACAGCCGCGGCGGCUGCAGCAUCAGUCAUGGCCCCAGCAGCAGGUGUGUCCGAAACAGCCCACGUCACUGUCGAAUCGUCCCUGCUUCACAUUGCGAUUGCGUGCGGCGUGCUGGACAUUGCUGCUGCGUUGAUUGCUCGUGGCGCCCUGGUUGAUACGCAGGAUAGUCAAGGAUGGGCGCCCCUCCACUACGCUGCACAUCGUGGCAACAUGCUCGCGGUUCGGUUGCUGCUCAAGCACGGCGCGCUCGUUUCACUGGUUGACUUUGAUGGACGAACGCCGUUGCACAUUGCUGCCAUUUCUUUGGACCGACUCGAGUGUUGCAUUGCUCUCGUCGAAUAUGGCGCACAAAUCCAUGCCGCUGAUAGCUGGGCUGCUCGCCCAAUCGACGUCUUUAACGAGCUUUCCGAGUUGCAAAUGCGUUUGAUUCAAUCCGCAGCCACCGCCAUGGUGUCGACCGAAGCGCCUGUCGCCGCACAGGGUCUCCGAGCUUUGCGCACGUUGAGCAUCAAUCCCGAAACACAUCGGCCAAUGCUGAGUCGCUUUUUGCUCGAUUUCCGCGUGCUGAUGCAGCACGCCUCGCAGCCAGAACUCGCCUUGGACGUGGCCGUCAUUGCCUAUCGCCUGUUUUCGGUGGAAGACAACCGCGGCGAACUGGUCGACAUGGGCUUUUUGCGCAUUGUCCAGGGCCUGGUUGGCGGUCCGGUCAAAGUGCGAACGCUAGCGAUCGCCAUUCUUCGUAUGCUGCUGCAGAGCGGCGACUUGGAACGGGAUUACCCGUCCAUGAUUUCGCACACAGACUGUGUCCCCCUGUGUCAAAUCUUGCUGGAUGCGGACACCUCGGUGCAACAACUCGAUGCGAUCAAGGCCUGCGAGAACCCUGGCUCUUCUGCAGUCCCACGCACAAAAUCCUUCUCUCGCGAGUCUGUUGUUGUCCUGCUGGCCGACAUCCCGGAUGACACCACCAAGUACAGCAUGAAUGCUCGCCUCGAUGCAGCUCGCCUGCUGUUGGCCAUCACCCUGUACGAUCGAGCGCAAAUGCGCUUCGCCGAGUCUGGCAUCGCCACGCAGCUGGUGCGUGCCAUCGGCCGCGACAUUGCCAGCAUCGAAGCGCUUGCUCAGUACUACAACACCCGGCAACAACAGCAAAAGCAAACCCAGGAAACGCCCACCAAGACCCGCUCGUCGUCGCUCCUUCUCGGUUCGCCUUCAUCCAAGCCCAACGCCACGCCACCCACCCCGCCUGCGGUCGUCAUGAUUGAACAAUUGAGCCGUGUUUGUGCCAUGACCAUGCGCGCUUUCGCCAACGUCACUGAAAACAUGCUGGCGCAGUCGACCAUGGGCGCAAACUCGACCCAAGUCAUCCUUGGCCCGACGAGCCCGCAUUCUGGUGUCACCAACUUGAUCAACCUCCAGCGCGAGUUUCUGGUGCACUUGUCUUCAGCACGCGGCAGGGUUGCCACCGGAGGCAGCAGUACCCAGACAACGACGCGCACCAGCCUGCCUGCUUCGACGUGCAUGCUAUUGGACUGGUGCCGGAUGGAGACGACGCGCUCUCUUGUGCAUCUUGGCUAUCUUGACGUGGGCGACAACUACAUGUACGGCCCUUCGUACGUGAGUGACGAGCUGGAAGUGCUCAUGUCUUCAACCACCUCGGUGGGCACCAUCACGCAGAAGGAGGCAGCGGCGGUUGCUGCUGCGCUCGCCCUGGCAGCUGCGUCCGGCUCUGCGCCGCCUCCAGUCUUGUCGACUCCUGCCAGUGACAACAUUCCUCAGCUCCGAGGAGCGUCUAUGCGCAAGCUGAUUGAAAUUUUGACGGGUGACGUGGACGACCAGGCUGCGCUCAUGGCUACCUUCACUUCGCACACGGCUCCCAUCCCUCCAGGAGAGGCCUUCUUGGACUUUUUCCUCUCCACCUAUCGCAACUUUGUGCAUCCAAUCGUCCUUCUUCGUCUCCUCAUUCAUCGGUUCCGCGAUCCCGACCAGUGCCACGGGAUGGUAUUCCACGUCGGCCCAGACCACCACCCGCUGCAGUUUAGCGACCGUGAUGCCGAUCUCGCGCCUGUACCCGACGUUCACAACCGUGUGGGACAUGUCCUCUGCACAUGGCUGUCCAACUACCGUCAAGACUUUGUCAUGUGUCCGCAACUCUUGGACGGUGUUCGCGGUAUGAUCAUCCCUCUGCUGAGUGCAGGACCAAUGUACAAGCCACUGGCCAGUCAACUUCAGUGCCAGUUGGAAGAUGAGCCUAUGCUUGGCACGCGAUCAAAGACGAUCAGCAGCGGAGCACGCCCGAUGUUCUGCAAUCACAACUUCCUAUACGUUCAAUCCCGAGAAGCCAUUCUGAACGAAACGUUGCCUUGUGGUGAAGAAGACUGCUCUGUCCUUUCUGCCCUUCACAUGCACAUUGAAUCGCUGCACCGCCGACCUUCCGUUGUUGGUCGUGUCAUUGAGAAGCCUUCCGCCGAUAGUAUGUGCUCGCCAGACUUGGUCAAGGAAUGCGUUCCGCCAUGCUUCCAAAAGUCCAAGACGCUCGGCAAAAAGAUUCGCACGCAGUUGGAUCGCUUCUCGGAACUGUCCGAUCGCGAUGCCAAGCACUUUUACGUCCAAAGCUGUCAACUUCUUGCGUCUUAUCGCUGCAAGCUGUUCUUGGUGAAGGAUGCUUCUGGUGGCAAGCUCUCGCGCAGUCAGCCGCGCAUUUUUGGUGUCAACAUUGACCACAUUGUGCUCAUGGACGUCAAAACCAAAGACAUGAUCCAGCGCAUUGAAUUGCAACAUCUCACCAGCUGGGAAGGCACCGCUGGUGGCGACUCGGUCGUGGUCGAGCAUCACGACGGCACGCUUCGGCUGCAAACAAGCUCGGCGAACGAAACGUGGGAUUUGUGCGCUCAUAUUCGCAAGUGCGUCGAUCAGCGUCAGCUGCAAGCCAAGCAUGGCGCCCCUCCAACAGAGCUGCUGCUCGCCAAGUGCUCCUGCCCGCCCGAACCCAAACUUGGCGACCGCUUCCGUCUCGACAUGUUCACGGCCAGCGACUUGCUUGGCGUUCCGCUCGAGCUAGCCCGCCAGCUGACCCUGAUCGAGCACUCGUUGUUUGCAACCAUCACGUCAGCGGACACACUGCGCCGAUUCAACUCAAGGCGAGCGGCGAUGGCAGUGGCGCAACGCGUGACGGAUGCGACUCGCUCUGUGGAGCGAUUUAUCGAACGCUUCAAUCAGGUGACGAUGUGGGUGACAUCGGAAGUUCUCAACGCUGGCGAAACGGUCGAGCAACGGGUCACCGUCAUUGUUCAGCUCAUCAAGACCGCUCAGAAUUGCCGCGAGCUGAAUAACUUUAGCGGUGUGAUGGAAAUUGUUGCCGGUCUGAGUGCCUCUCCCGUGCGGCGUCUGCGCAAGACCUGGAAGGCCGUUCCGCAAAACGCCAUGAACAUUUUCCGCGAGCUGGAAGACUUGAUGUCAACCAAGUCCAACUACAAGACGUAUCGUGCUGUGAUUAAAGAAGCCUCCACUCCGGCGGUGCCGUACUUUGGUAUCUAUCUCAAGGAUUUGACUUUUAUCGACGACGGCAACCCAGACCUGCUGCGCGGUGGCCUGAUCAACGUUGCCAAACGGCGUCAGGUGUACAGCAUUCUCAAGGAGAUUGAGUUCUUCCAGGAACAGCCGUACAACUUGCAAGACGUGCCUGACAUUCGUCAGUUCCUCGGCAAAGUCCGAAGCAUGACCGAAGAUGAGAUGCACGCUCUUUCCCGGAAACUGGAACCGUCCGCCGCGCCAACCAGUGCGGCCGGCACUGUCAGUGGUGCACUCGCUGAAGCGCUGGGUUCUGCUGCUAUUGCCGGUGUGGCUUCUGUCGCUCCACCCACCUCUUUGCCCUCGAACUGAAGCGACAAGCUGCUUGCGUGAAUGAGGGUCGUUGUUGCUAUAUUUGUUUGUCAUUUUGUGUGUCAUAUUUGUGUUUCACUUCAUUGUUAUCAUUUGAC